AUGUCCGACGGUAAGCUGAACGCGCUCAACGUCACCAGCAAAGCUAACGCCCGUACAGCCGACUUCGAGACCAUCAAGCGCCUGCAGCAGGAGCGCAACGCGGCAGCUGCAGGGAAGAAAGGUUCAAAGACUUUCGACCCGGCUAACCAGAGGACUGACAACUCAACGAAGGCCUCCCUGACGGAAAGCUUUGAUACCGACCUGUAUGAACGCAAUGGCGGCAACAAAUACGACGGCUACCUCGCCUCCAUUCCCGCCAACGACGAUGAGGACAUGGACGAUGCCGACGACGGACGCCGCCUGGUCGGCCAGUACACUGCCACCCGUGCCCAGAUGGACGAGUUCGCCACGGGAGACGGCAUGGAGGAGGACAUUCUGAUGGAUCGCGAGAAGCAGGCCCAGAUCCAGUCCCGCGAAACCGACUACCAGCGACGUCGCUUCGAGCGUGGCACUGGCGACGAGGAGGGAAUGAGCUACAAGGAUAUCAUGAAGAAGCGUGAGCGCGAGCGGGAAGAGCGCGAGAAGCAGGAGAAGAAGGCGAGGGGCGAGGAUGCCGACGGGCACCAAGCUACGCUCAAGGAUGGCGGCGAUAAGACACCUACGGGUGGCGACAAGACGCCUACGGAGAAUGGUGCCAACGGCGCCGCGGCUAGCCGCAAGCGUAAGAAGCGCUGGGACGUCUCGUCAGAGGACACCGCAACUAACGGUACCAACGGUGCCGUCGAGUCCGAACCCAAGAAGCGCUCCAGGUGGGACCAGACCCCUUCAGUUCCUGUUCCCGGCGCCUCGGAUGCUACUUCGAGGAAGAAGUCAAGGUGGGACCAGGCACCGGCUUUGGGUGCGACGCCUGCCCCCGGUGCCGCUGGCCUUGCCACACCCAUCCACCCGUCCCAAAGUGGCCAGGCUCUCUCCUUUGGCACGGAUAUCUCUGGCCGCAAUGCCCCUAUCUCCGAUGAAGAGCUCGACGAGUUACUGCCGGGUGAGGACCAGGGCUACAGAAUCCUCACGCCGCCACCUGGCUAUGAGCCCGUUCGCGCCCCCGCAAAGAAGGUGGCAGCCACUCCCGCACCUACCGCCAGUCUGGCUGGUGGCUUCAUGAUGCAAGAGCCCGAAAAUGCUCGAGCCCUUGGCAAACAGCUUCCGAACGAGAUUCCCGGUGUUGGUGAAUUGCAGUUCUUCAAGAAUGAGGACAUGCAAUACUUUGGCAAGCUUAUGGAUGGUCAGAACGAGGAGGAGCUGAGCGUGGAUGAGAUGAAGGAGCGCAAAAUCAUGCGCCUGUUGCUCAAGGUCAAGAACGGUACCCCGCCUAUGCGUAAGACUGCGCUUCGACAACUCACCGACAACGCCCGCAACUUCGGAGCUGGACCGUUGUUCAACCAGAUCCUCCCCCUGCUCAUGGAGAGGACACUCGAAGACCAGGAACGCCAUCUUCUCGUCAAAGUCAUUGACCGCGUUCUUUACAAGCUUGACGACAUGGUCCGGCCUUAUGUCCACAAGAUUCUUGUUGUCAUUGAGCCGCUUCUCAUCGACCAAGAUUACUACGCCCGUGUUGAGGGUCGCGAGAUCAUCUCCAACCUCGCCAAGGCUGCUGGUCUUGCUCACAUGAUCAGUACGAUGAGACCUGAUAUCGACCAUCCCGACGAGUAUGUCCGCAAUACCACUGCGCGUGCCUUCGCGGUUGUUGCAUCGGCUUUGGGUAUUCCUGCACUGCUUCCCUUCCUGCGGGCCGUUUGUCGAAGCAAGAAGUCGUGGCAAGCUCGUCACACUGGAGUCAAGAUUGUCCAGCAAAUUCCCAUUCUCAUGGGCUGUGCUAUUCUACCUCAUUUGAAAGGUCUCGUUGACUGCAUUGGCGACAACCUGAAUGACGAGCAAACCAAGGUGCGAACUGUCACGGCUCUGGCAAUUGCUGCUCUGGCAGAGGCCGCAAACCCCUACGGUAUUGAGAGCUUCGACGACAUUCUGAACCCACUCUGGACUGGAGCUCGCAAGCAGCGAGGCAAGGGUCUUGCUGGCUUCCUAAAGGCCGUUGGUUACAUCAUCCCCCUGAUGGACGAGGAGUACGCCAACUACUACACCAGUCAAAUCAUGGAGAUUUUGCUGCGCGAGUUCUCUUCGCCCGACGAGGAGAUGAAAAAGGUCGUUCUCAAGGUCAUCUCCCAGUGUGCCAGCACAGAGGGCGUUACUGCCGGUUACCUAAAGGAGAGUGUCCUGGAUGACUUUUUCAAGAGCUUCUGGGUCCGCCGCAUGGCUUUGGACAAGCGUAAUUACCGACAGGUUGUGGAGACGACUGUUGACCUUGGCCAGAAGGUGGGUGUCAGCGAGAUUGUGGAGCGCAUUGUCGUCAACCUCAAGGAUGAGAGCGAGCCCUACCGCAAGAUGACGGUCGAGACGCUGGAGAAGGUCAUUGCCAGUCUUGGAGCUGCCGACAUUGGUGAAAGGUUGGAGGAGCGCCUCGUCGACGGUAUCCUGCACGCGUUCCAGGAGCAGAGUAUCGAAGAUAUUGUCAUGCUCAAUGGCUUCGGUACCGUCGUCAACGCUCUUGGUACCCGAUGCAAGCCUUACCUCCCCCAGAUCGUCAGUACUAUCCUCUGGAGACUGAACAACAAGUCUGCCACGGUCAGACAACAAGCCGCCGAUUUGGUUUCCCGCAUAGCGCUCGUCAUGAAGCAGUGCGGAGAAGAUGCGCUGAUGGGAAAGCUCGGUACGGUGCUAUACGAAUAUCUCGGAGAGGAGUAUCCCGAGGUGCUUGGUUCGAUCCUGGGCGCUCUCAGGUCCAUCGUCACGGUGGUGGGCAUCAACCAGAUGCAACCGCCUAUCAAGGAUCUUCUUCCCCGUCUUACUCCCAUCCUUCGCAAUCGGCACGAAAAGGUGCAGGAGAACACGAUUGAUCUCGUUGGACGUAUCGCCGAUCGCGGUCCUGAGAGUGUCAACGCUCGUGAGUGGAUGAGAAUUUGCUUCGAGCUUCUGGACAUGCUGAAAGCCCACAAGAAGGGCAUUCGUCGCGCAGCUAACAACACGUUUGGCUUCAUUGCCAAGGCCAUCGGCCCGCAGGAUGUCCUUGCUACCCUCCUUAACAACCUCAGGGUGCAGGAACGCCAGUCCCGUGUCUGCACGGCCGUCGCCAUUGGUAUCGUGGCCGAAACCUGUGCACCCUUCACGGUUCUCCCGGCGCUGAUGAACGAGUACCGAGUUCCUGAGCUCAACGUCCAGAACGGUGUGUUGAAGUCGCUCUCCUUCCUCUUCGAGUACAUCGGCGAGAUGGCCAAGGACUACGUCUACGCCGUCACGCCGCUGCUCGAAGACGCCCUCAUCGAUCGUGACCAGGUCCACCGUCAGACAGCCGCGUCGGUCGUCAAGCACGUCGCUCUGGGCGUCGUGGGUCUGGGCUGCGAGGAUGCCAUGGUGCACCUCCUGAACCUACUCUACCCCAACAUCUUCGAGACCAGCCCUCACGUCAUCGACCGUAUCAUCGAGGCCAUCGAGGCGGUCCGCGUCGCCGUCGGCACGGGCGUGGUCAUGAACUACGUCUGGGCCGGCCUCUUCCACCCCGCCCGCAAGGUGCGCCAGCCGUACUGGCGCCUGUACAACGAUGCGUACGUCCACUCGGCCGACGCCAUGGUGCCGUACUACCCCGACAUGGGCGACCCAAACACGGUCAGGCACGAGUUGAACAUCAUCCUCUAG